UUGAAUCGGGUCCAAUUCCCGGUUAAAGUCGUGUAACUUCGCGAGUCGAUAUUCAGUCGAUAUCAACUGCAUCGCAUCGUUUCCCAAGUCGUUCUUUUCAAAACGAGAAUUUUCGAUAAUAUAUAAAUUUUACGAACAAAAACAAGUCCACGGCAAAUAGAGUGUUGAUUAUUUUCCCGCUAAAUUUCUCAAAUUCAUAAUUUGAAUGAUAAAGACGUGAAAAUUGCACACAAAUUAGAAGAAUGCAAUAGUGAUAUUAAUUUAAACACGUGUAAUAAGUUUCGUCCAUUUUGUAAAAAUGGAAAAGUCUUAAAAGUUGUUUUCCCACGUUUUUUUUUUGAAGUGAUGCUUAUUUAAAAAAAAAAAAAAAAACAAUGUCGUUAAAAAUACAACCGGUGCCUCUUUUGAAUCCAGAAUUCUUUGAAGAAGAUACAACUGGAGCAAAUGUAUCAGUUUCAAAUCUUGUAGAGGAAAAACAUGUAUAUACAUAUAAGAAACUCGUGGUGCCAAUGUCCAUGCGGAGCAUUUAUUGGAAAUAUUUUGGAUUUCCAGCUACAGACGAUGGUAGCAUACUCACCAAAGUUAAAAUUGUUUGUAUUUUAUGCAAAACACAAAUUGCAUAUAAUCGCAAUACCAGUAAUCUUAGAAUGCAUUUGCAAAAUAAACACUCACAGGAACUUUUGGAAUUGGAAACGGCAAAUCCACCACGAAAACCAAUUAUUUCCCAAGAGGCAAAAGAACGAAGAGCACAAAAAAGACUUUUGAAAGCUGGUUUAGCCGCUGCUCAACAUAUAUACACGACAAAUACCGAUGGUACGAUACAAAUUGAUGGAGGAAUUCAAUUUAUCACCGAUCCAAAUAUUAGUUUAACGAAUAUGGAAGAUGAUAUUAAUAUAUCAUCGCCAGUACGAGUGAUGAUUAAAAAUCAAAAUAAUCAAAUUAAUCCAAAUGUAUCAUUUCUCAUGUCAGAGGAUAAUAACGUUCAACCAUGUAAUAAUGAAUCAAAAACUGCAAUUCUUGAUGCAAUUGCAGAAUUAGUUAUCGUUGAUCUUCAACUGCCGGAAAUAGUUGAGGGUCGUGGAUUUCAAAAAUUGGUCGCCACACUAAAGUCACCUUGUGAAAUUCCUAGUAAAAGUAAAUUGGAAGAUGAUAUAUUGCCAAAGAUUUAUGAAAAUUAUAAAGAUUCAAUUUUACAUAAUUUAUCGUGUUUAAAUGCAGAAAUUGGUCUUGCAAUUGAAGAAUGGAAAUCAAAUGCAAAAGAAACGUUUGUAACAUUUUCAAUUUAUUAUCAACAUCCUGGUGAAACAACAUUGGAUUAUAAAGUACUUUGUACAUUACAUGCACCUGAGGAUUGGGAGGAAGUUCAAUGGGGAAUUGUUAUUGAUGCAAUUUUAACCGAAUGGGAAUUGAGAAUUGAGAAAAUAACCGCAACAGUGAUUGCACUAUCAAUACCGGGAUUAAUUGCCGCAUUAACAAAUCGUGGCUUAACUUUGAUACCAUGUCUCCUUUAUACUUUACAAGUAUGUGCCUUGGCAUGCUUUCAGGAUGCUGAUGUCUCUUCUGUUUUAUCCAAAUGUCGAGCAAUAAUUGGAGUCAUUCUUGGACAUAAUGGAGCUUCUGCCACUCUUGCAAUGCAAGAUCAAUUGUUGGAGUUGGAGGAGAAUUCCUUGGUUAUGGAUUAUCCAUCGGUAUGGAUAUCAACUUAUAAUAUGUUGGAACAAUUGGUACUUCGUCGAAGUGUACUAAGUAAUAUUCUCGAUGCUGUUGAAAGAGCUGAUCAUGAUACAAUUGAUCUUAGUCAAGAUGAUUGGAAAGUAAUUGAGGACCUCGUCACCGUUCUUGAGCCAUUUAAGGUCACGAUCAUGACUGUUAGCGAGGAAAAAAUUCCCCUUAUUUCUCUAUUAAAGCCAUUACUAUGGCAAUUGGUUUCCUCACAUUUGAAAUCAAAAGAUUCGGAUAGUAAUACUAUUAGAAAUUUUAAGGAAAAUUUAUCAGACAUGUUGUGUGAACGUUAUGCUGAUAGUGGUGUUACGUUACUAUUACAAAUUGCCACAACACUUGAUCCAAGAUUUAAACAACUUCCCUAUGCAACGGACGAAGACAAAACUCUUGUUUCGGCACCAAUCAAGGAUAUGUUGACUAAAUUAAUUGAAGAGGAAGGCGGAAAUCGAAUCAUGGAAACUGAUGAUAUUCCCGAAAAGAAGAGACGAAUAAGUAGAAUGGAACAAUUGUUGGGUGAUCAAUUUUGCAAUUCAAAAAAUUUGAUGCCAUCAGAAGAAAAAGCUGAUUUGGAAUUAGUACAAUAUCAAUCGGAAGCAACGGCUGCAUUGGAUCAUUGUCCAUUACAAUGGUGGGCGAAUAAUGUGGCGAAAUGUCCUCAUUUAUCGAAACUUGCACAAAAAUAUAAUUGCGUGCCAGCAUGUUGUCCACCACCAUCACGAAUUUCAGCUGAAGCUCAAGUUCUCUAUGACACAAAACGUGCAGCUCUACCAUCAUAUUUAGUUGAUAAAUUACUUUUUUUGCAUGGUAACUAUAAUGUUUCUGAAUAAUGUAAAUUUAAAGUUAACUUUGUACAUUAUAUUUUAGAUUAUAAAAUUAAAAUAUUUAAACAUUUUUAAGACAUCUAAGCAAUAAUUCCAAUUGCUUUUAAAUUGUUUUAUUUUAUUUAUAAUAUGUAAAAAAUAAAUAACGAAUAUUUAUUUUUUAAUAAAGUCAAUUAUUCCAAUUAUCAUUGGAGAAAAAUAA